UCACGGGUUUGCUUUCUGGCAGCUGGGGGUGACACCACUUCCGGCUGUACUCCCCGGUGUGGAUGGCCUCAGGUGGCGUCUGGAGAUUCGUGUCCCUCUGAGGACAUGAGCCUCUUUGACCUUUUCCGGGGCUUUUUCGGCUUUCCGGGUCCUCGAAGACACAGAGACCCUUUCUUUGGAGGGAUGACUCGGGAUGAAGAUGAGGAUGAUGAGGAAGACGAGGAGGGAGCUGCCUGGGGCCCGGGGAGCCCGCGGUUUGAGGGUCUCCGACCCCCGGAGGAAUUCGGCUUCAGCUUCAGCCCCAGCCCCGGAGGAGGGAUGCGCUUCCACGACAACUUUGGCUUUGAUGACCUGGUCCGCGAUUUCAACAGCAUCUUCAGCGAGAUGGGGGCUUGGACGUGGCCCAUGCGCCCCGCUGAACUUCCAGGUCCCGAGUCAGAGACUCCUGGAGGUAGACAGCAGGAGGGACAGACACUCCGGGACUCAAUGCUAAAGUAUCCAGAUAGUCACCAGCCUAGGAAUUUUGGGGGGGUCUUGGAGAGCGAUGCAAGGACGGAAUCCCCCAAACCAGCACCAGAGUGGGGCUCUCAGAGACCUUUUCGCGGGUUUGAAGAGAUGUGGCCUGUGACCCCCAGUUCUAGAGCCAAAGAGGACAAUGAUCUUGAUUCCCAGGUGUCCCAGGAGGGCCUUGGCCCAGUUUUGCAGCCCCAGCCCAAAUCCUAUUUCAAGAGUGUCUCAGUGACCAAAAUCACCAAACCAGAUGGGACAGUGGAGGAACGCCGCACCGUGGUGGACAGUGCAGGCCGGACAGAGACCACAGUAACCCGCAGAGAAGCAGAUGGCAGUCUCAGAGAUGCUAUUGUCCCCUGGGGUUGGGAUUGAACCCUGGACCUUGGAGCCUGAAGCAUGAAAGGUAGCAUGUUUUGCUAUCUCCCUGGUCCUUCUCCUUUCCUUUCUUACUUUCAAGUGAAGAGAGAGAGAGAGAGUGAAAGCUUCCUUCAGUAUAGUGGAGACCUAGCUCAAAUCUGGGUCACACAUACGGCAAAGCAACACACUAUCCAGGUGAGUUAUUUCGAUGGCCCACUUUUUUUUUUUUCCUUCCAAGGCUUUAUCAGAGGCUCCGUGCCUGCAUGGCCCCACUGCACAGUGGAGUGUGUACAUUCUGCCUGCUGUGCUAGCUCUCUAGGCCAGCACCUCCUUUGUUUUCUCUGCCAUCCUGCUUUGUCCCUGCCCUGACCCUCCUAG